GGUUCUCUUUUCUGGUGCAGUGGAAAAUCGUUUUGCCUACAGUGAAGGAGGCAACUUUAUGCAGGAUGUCACCAACCGGAGAGACUCAGGACGCACAGCGACAGACCAGGAUGGGGGCAUGCAGGUCAGUUGUCAUGGACAUGGUCAAAUUGAUUAUUUGGGUUCUCAUAUUUCAAAUGUUGGUGGGGAUAUUUUUCUAAUAAAAAUGUUUCUGCUGAAUACAAAAACACAGAUGGCAGACAUGCAAGAGGCACCGCUUAUCAAAAUGGAGAACCUUGACACCAGCAUAACAGAAGGUAUUAUGCAACUUAUCAAAUCUAUGCAAUUUACACUUUAUGUUGAGUAAAGCCUUCAAUGUUUGUUGCCGUAUUUGAUUAACUUCUUAGUCAUAACCCAUCAUUAAUAAAUAAGGCAAAGAAGAAUCAGUCUCCACUACAGGAAGCUGAUGUUGUGCUUUACUUUGCCCCAUUUCAGAGAUUGUCCAACCGGUCAGUGAGACCAGUGAGAAGAUCGUUGUGGCAGAACCAGGUGCUUCGUCAUCUAUUGAAACCACAGACCUUCUGGACCAGCAGGGCAACAGACACAGAGCUCCAGACACCACACUCAAUAUAGAACCUGAAAACCAGACGUUCCAGCAUCCAGCGUCACCAUACAACAGAGCAAGGCAGGACCAUCAGGUUGCUAAGUGUGUGACCUGGGAAACUGACCAUCAACCCAUAGCAUACAGCCUGUCCCAAUGGACAGAGAAGCAAGAGACUGACAACCGAACUGUGAAUGCUCCUCACAAUGCAGGGCCAGACUCCAAGAGGCUGUCUGAACAUCCAGAGAGGAGAGGGGCACCUGGUAACUCUGGGGUCUGCAUGUCUGCUUUGGGCUCUCUGGACUGGCUGCCUGAUGUGAUGCUGAUGGACUCGGUUCCUAUUAAAGUGGAGGCAGAUAUGAGUUCAGAAUGGAGCAUAACGGGUCAAGAGGUGACAUCUGGAGAGGUCUGUUCAGAGCGCAGGCAGCUUGUGGACAACAGAGGAAGAGGGGGAAUGGAGUCUGGACAGACAAAGUGUCCCACUGACACUCAAAACACAGAGCAAGGGACAACUGUAGGAUCAAGAUCCAAGUUGCCAGAUUUCAACGGACUGUCCACCCCAAACAGUUUUUCAUCCCCAAGGGUUACUCUCCAACAGGUUCCCCAAAGAGGGAAGCAAGCCCCCUUCCCGAAUUUCAACAGAGGCUCAACUUCUUCAUCAAAAGGCAUGGAAAAGCAGCCGCAACAGCUAACGUCUCGCUUGGCCAAGAGGCAGCUCCGGUGCAGCCUCUGCGGAAAGCCCUUCCCCCAGCCGGCAUACCUAAGGAGGCACAUGCGGGUCCAUACGGGGGAGAAACCAUACGGCUGCAGCCACUGCACCAAGCGCUUCUCCCACAGCCACCAGCUGAAGAUGCAUGAGAGGGUGCACACCGGAGAGAAACCGUUUCAAUGUGUCUACUGUGGGAAGUCCUUCACCCAGUCUGGCCACAUGAAGAGGCACCUCCUCGUCCACACUGGCAGCAGGCCACAGGAUGUUGGGCUGCCCUGAGUGUUCCAGGGUGAAGUUUCCCCUAGGUACAGAUCUAGGAUCAGCUUCCUCUCCCCCAAUCCUAACCUUAACCAUUAGUGGGAAAAAAUGCUAAACUGACCAAAGAUCAGCUUCUAGGGGCAACUUUACACUACUCCACCUGACAUAAUGAUAGUUAGGGCCAGGAGUUUUCCCUCACAAUGUGACCAGACCAGGAA